GUACACCUACUGCGAAACGCUGGCGAUGAAGUUACCAUCACCGUUCAGUACCUCAGGGAAGCUCCAUCAUUUUUAAAGCUCCCAUUAGGUUCCCCUGGACCAUCUAGUGAUCACAGCAGUGGAGCUUCAUCACCUCUCUUUGACAGUGGCUUACAUUUAAAUGGAAACUCAGCUAACACGGCUCCAUCAUCACCUUCUUCACCCAUAGCUAAUGAACCAAAAUAUGAGAAGCGCUGGCUAGACGCCCUAUCAGUUCCUCUAUCAAUGGCUCGAAUCUCGAGGUACAAAACCGGAACGGAUAAAUUAAGAUCUAAUGCAUUUGAAGUGCUGGCACUCGAUGGAGUUAGUACUGGGAUACUUCAGUUAUAUACAGCCCAGGAGAGUGCUGACUGGCUGAGAGCAAUAUCAACUAACAUCAGUGAUUUGACACUUCAAAAUAUGAAAAUGGCAAAUAAAUGCUGUUCUCCCUCAGAUCAGGUCAUACAUAUGGGAUGGGUAAAUGAGAGACUUGAAGGAACUGAUUCAUCUCAGCUCUACAAAUUUAAGUUUCUGGCACUGAAGGGUUCAUCCUUCUACAUUUUCAGCACUCCACCGGUAAGCACACUAGACUGGGUACGAGCUGAAAAAAUCUAUAACCUCUGUGAGGUUCUUUUUAAAAUUCACAAGAUGAAAAAUCACAUACUGAAACAUGUUUUUCAGCUCUGGCUUGCUGAUGAUUGCUGGCUACAAGCAAAUUUGUAUUUAGGUAUUCAUCAAGACUAUGAUUUUGAAGACCAGAGGCCAUAUUGUUUCAGUGUUCUGGUUGGACAUGGCAAGAGUCAUUAUUUCAAUGUAGAGCUUGGCAAUGAGUUGGCAGUGUGGGAGAAAUCAUUUCAAAGAGCAAUUUUCUUGGAAGUUCAAAGAAUAGGGUCUAAAACAUAUGUAUGCAGUUGGCAAGGGGAUACCCUCUGCUUUACAGUUGACUUCGCUCUUGGAUUUACAUGUUUUGACAGUAAAACAAAGAAUGUGCUGUGGAGGUUUAAAUUCUCUCAGCUGAAAGGAUCUUCAGAUGAUGGGAAAACAAGAGUAAAGCUGCUCUUUCAGAAUCUAGACACCAAACAAAUUGAAACCAAGGAACUUGAAUUUCAGGAUCUGACAGCAGUUUUACACUGUAUUCACUCCUUUAUAGCAGCAAAAGUCGCAGCUGUGGAUCCAGUCUUUAUGGACAGCCAGAGUAUUGCAAGGAAAUAUAUGUACAGUAACUGAAAUCAGAUUAUUUGUUGUGAUUAUGGAAAAUAAAUUAUUUUCUUAAAGAAAGUAGCUAUUUCAUGCACAAUAUUGCAAGUUUGUGAU